GACACAUUAAUGGAGGAAGUGCGUGAGGGGGAAGAGGAGGAUGCCUUAUCAGGACACUCAGUGUUGCCGUCUCGUCCUCAGAACCGUUUGCUUUCCUCACUUCCUUUGCUCCCCUCGAUCGCCGCCCCCUCCUCCGGCUCACGCCCCUUGUUACCCAGUUCACUACGGGGGCGUUACUCUCCCUACAACACGCCUGUGACUCACAUUGAAAUACAGUUUAAGAGAGAGAGCGAGUGAGAGGGACGCGGACGCAAGGAAUCUGGGAGUGCAAAGCGAGGGCAGUAGCGAUCAGUGUCAUUGGAGUCCUUGUGGUGAUUUGCCUCGUGACGGAUCGUGGAGCAUUCUACUACUUCACCACCCAAACACGACCCACACCCACCGCAGCUUGUGUUUGUCAUGCCCCGAGGCGCGCCCACCAUGGUACCGCCCGUGGUGGUGCUGGUGGUCCUCCUAUCCCUGCUUGGUGCCAACGUGCCAGGGUGCUGCGAGAGCUUGACUCAGGACGAAGACUACGAUUACGCGGACGGCUGCCACCCCGAAGAAGCUGACACGUGUUUCAAGGACGUGAAUGAUAACCUCUUGUGCAAUCUGGGCAAGCCUAUCCCAAACAAGAACUGCACUGGUAGAAAUGCUUACGAUCUUUGCGAGAGCAUGAGUGACGCCCUGGACUGCUGCGAGGACAUCAUGGACACGUGCGAGGAGUCUGACGGGCUGGACGUCUUCCAAGUAUGGUUCACGGGACUAGACAGCGUGUACUCCUACUUAUGUAUGGGAGACGACGAUCUGGCCCUUAUUACUGAUCUCCUGGAAGGAUCAAACUGUUUUCGCCUUAAGAAAUUCAUCACGUGUGUGGAAGAUCGAGCCAACCUGACCCACGUGGCGGACCUCCUCACCACUCGCCUUGAUCUCCACGAGUGCAACAUGAUACAGGUGUCGGUGGCUGCCUGCAUUGAAGACGCCGAGAAAAACAAGAGGACGUGCCGCGGUAGAGCCGAUGCAGUGAAGGAAGCUCUCAUAGUAUUCUUUAGCAGUACAGCUUGCGGUCUCCUACCCCAGCUGAGCCUUACGCCCUUACCUGUCUCUUGCAUCCCCCCUACGACGGACACCAGCGCUGUGGGACUGGACAACGCCACCACCACCAACAACAAAACGGGUAGUAAAGUCAGCAAUGACACUGAAAACAGUAGCACCAAAGUCACCAGGAUCCCUAACCAAGCCAGCACCAGUAGAGACACGAACACCAGCACCACAAAUAUCCCUGCAGUGUGCCAAACCACUCAAGAUCUGGGUAAGAGAGGCACUCCUACGGCCUCAACAAUUGUGGUGACGGUGCUGGUGACCCUGGUGCUGGUGGGCCUCGCGGGAUUGGUGUUGGUGAAGAGGGGUGUGCUCACCAUCAGAACUGACUUUGACCGUCGCCUAGCGGGUCUCAAUGACGGGGACUCCAGCAGUGGCUACGACAGGUUUUAAGAAGUGAAGUGAUGGUGCAUUGUAGAUCUGCUAGAGAACGCGUUUGCCUCACUAUAUACUCCACCAUCAACUGCGAUAUCGUUAACCCCUUCAGUACUGGGACACAUUUUUUACCUUGAGAUUUGUGUACGAUUAGACCAUUUUAUUGACAUUAGUAAGGGUCUAUGGAGGUCUGAAGAUUAAUGGCCACAGUCUUCACUAUUUUCAUCCCAACAUAAGUUUCUGAAGCUGUAUAAAAUCACCAAAUAGUAAGCAGAAUGGAUAUGAAAACGCGUCAUGGUACUGAAGGGGUUAAAAAUUUCCAAGAGUGUUCCCGUGAUUCAAGAUUAUGAGUUACAAAAAAUGUGCACGUUUGAACAUACUGAAGUUAUAAAGGAGUGUAUUUGUCGUUAUAAUGGUAGCGAAACAAAUAUUUAACAGGAAAUACAACCAACAAAAUACUCUAGUGGUCUUUCAAAAGUUCGGAGUGAUACAAGAUGCGGCGGAUAAAAGUAAAGUCCACACACCGACGCCGACCAACGGAUGGACCAACCGAUAAACAGAUGAAUAUAUUUGUUAAUCUCCGAGUGUUGUUACUGUUACUUUGUGUUUGUGUGACUGUGAUGGUAAUAAAUUAAUCAAUAUUU